AUGGCUAUCAACGGUUGGAACUUCGUCAUGCAAGUUUAUUACAUCCCCUCCUUCUACCAACUCGUCUACAACUACUCUGCCACAAAAUCAGGAGUGAUGCUUCUCCCCAUCACACUACUCCAAACAGCCAGUAGCACGUUCUCCGGACUCAUCGUACACUGGGUCGGUCGGUACCGUGAGUGCAUUCUAUUUGGCUGGUUAUGUUGGGCCAUAGGCCUUGGCUUAAUGUCAACUCUCGAUGAAAACACCAGCAUUGGAAAACAAAUUGGUUACUCAGUACUUAUUGGAGUGGGUGUUGGUAAUACACUGCAGCCUGCGCUCAUUGCUACACAAGCUGGUGUUGAGAGGCGUGAUAUGGCUGUUGUCACAUCAUUCCGCAAGUAA